UUGUUGUUCGUUCGCACGUCAGCCGGUCAGCAGUAGGCCGCGCUUGGCCGCAGCUCACGGGAGUCAUAGCGCAGGAGGCGCCGUUAUGUCCACCACGGCGGUUUGUCUCCCUUCGAGUGCCGCUCAACUGCUAGAAUCCAUACUCAUGGCCCUAGCAAUCAUCACUUGCGGGCAGGGCGUCCACGGCAAACCCAUCAACUCAAUGGUAGGACCUUACAUUGCGUACGUGGAGCGCUUUUACAAUUGUGACCCCGAAAACCGGACGCUUCCCUGGAGAUGGUAUUUGCGUGGGUCUCACUUCAACCCAUUUAAACCAAAAGAGUUUCAACGCCUGACAGGCAAUAUAACGUUAACAAAUGCAACUUUUGAUGACAGCUGCUCGAUGAAAAUAAUUUUAGAUCUUCGUUCGAAUAACCAAUGGAAGGAAAACGCAUUUGUCUUCAAUUUUAGAAAGAAUGCAUGUCGCGUUUUUAAAGAAAAUAAUCCCACACUUUAUGAGGUGGUUUACAAGAAAAGAGAAAGCAACGGCGCGUGCAUUUUAAAACCCGGAGUUUACGAGCUCAACAAUGCAUCAGUCGACUGGACGUUUCCAAAUGUUCCUAUCCUACCCUAUGGAAGGUAUAGGUUACGAUCAAUGACUGGUAAAGCUGAUGACCUAUACUCAUGCUGGGCUGCAGAUUGUAGGGCUGUUCCGAAAUCCGACUAGCACCAUGAUUAUCCUAAUGUAUAUAUAUUAUAUAUACGCGCGGCGCGUCGUGGCGGGGCGCAUUGGUGCGAAAAACCGAGAAUUUUGGGGGCACCAAUUGGUGAGAAUAUCCACUUUGUUCAGAAUAUCGCGCAAUUUUCGAUGUUUUGUAUCUGCUUCUCUGUUUGGUUCACUGAUGAGACAAAGCGUUCAACUGCUCAACAUCUGUAAGUGUGCAACUUAAAGUCGAAUGUCUGCAAGUGUUCAACACACUAGUUGGGCAAUUGAAAUUGUGCAACUCCUCUGCUUAACACUUCCCACUCAAUCAAAAGAGGUGUUUAACGUAGAGGUUGCAAACUUACAAGUGCACAACAACAGAGUUGGACACUUGAGAGUGCACAAUGAAGGAGUUGAACACUUGGAAGUGUGCACCUUGCAUUUGUACACGAACAAAUGUUGAAGAAGUUGCACACUACAUUUAUCACUGGGCUUGGUUGAGACGUUUUUUUUCUAUGCUCAUUUAGUGGGGCUCUACAGCCCUUUUUGAG